AAUGAAACCAUCAAGACCACCAAUUUGUACAAUUCCAAACCAAAUUAUUGUUUAUGAUCAAAGACUACCAAGACCUAACUCUACUAAGAAUGCACCUGAUACUAGAUAAGUUAUUAGAUGUUUAUCAUCAAAUCAUGAGACACAACCUAUGACCUAUACCUACUUUCCUACAUAACCAAGGUAUUUAAUAUUAUUUAUCUUAGAGCUUAAAGUCCAACUGCUAUCACAAGAAUCCCUCAUCAAGAACAUAUUCAUGUGAAUUAAUUUCAAAAUUUACCUAUUAAUAGUGAUCCUAUUCAACAUAAAAAAGCCACAAGUGUUGAAUAUGUUCCUAUUUAAUAAGAGCAACAUUAAAAAUAUAUUGAAGAAAUCAAUUAAAAAAAUUAAGCUAUUAUUGAAUUGUAAGAAUAGAUAUCUGAAUUGCAAAAUAAGCUAUCAGAAAAAAUUCAAGAUUACACUGUAUUAAAGUAAAAAUUUGAUAUAGAAUUCAAAAAGUUUUAAGAGGAAAUUUAACUACAAAUCAAAGGAAUAGAUUUAAAUAUUUAACUUAAUGAAUACACUUCAUAUUUUAUGUAAGAAAUAGAUAGAAAAGUUCUCAAUUUAUAAAGUAAUAUCAAUUCCUAAAUUGAUGAAAUGAAAGUAGAUAUGGAAAAUAAAUUAAAAUAAAAUGAACAUUUUUCAAAAAACUUAUUAUCAAAUACAACAAUUAGAUUAAAUUAGGAUGAAUAACAUUUUCAAUAGGAACUUUCAAUUUUAUAAAAAAAGUUAGAAUAAAAAGUGGAUAAAAAUAUGGCUGAACAAAUUAUUGCCUAAUCAAUUUCAAAUUUAUAAUAAUAAUACUAAACUUAAUUAUCAUAGGCUCAUUAAAUAAUUGAUAAAAUCAAUUCAGAUAAAAGUGAGGAAAUCAAUAAAAUUAAAAUAAUUAUUAAUAAUUCAUUACUUCAGGUAAAUCAAUAAGCAUAAAGUUAAAUAUAAGAAAUUUUAGAAAUGGUAUAAGAUAAUUCUUAAAGUUAAUAAAUUGCAAAAUAACAUUCUUAAUAAAUCAAAUAAUAAUAUAAUUCUCUAGUUUCUAAAUUUUUUUAAAUUCAAUAAUAAUUCACAUUAAAAGUUUAAGAAAAAGAUGAAAAAUUAUAAAUAAUCUCUAAAUAAAAUGAUGAACUUAAAAAAGAAAUUUAAGAUUCUUAAUUAAUUAUUUAAAAAUAAUAAUAAGAACUAUAUAAAAUAUCUUCGAAUAAUAAAUUUUUAAAAUCUCCUUAUGUACAAUAAAUAUUGUCUCCAAAAAAUAUAAAAUCAAAUAGUUUUUACACUAAUUCAACAAGUGCUGGAUUAAAUUUCACUAAAAAUAGACCUUUGAGUGUUUCCAAAAAAUCUAAAAAAUAACCUAAUUCAAAUCCUUUUGAAAUUAGUAUUGAAGAUUUUGCUGAUUUUAAUGAAAACUCAAUUUUAGAUUCUAAUUAAAGUAUUGAAUUAUUAACUCAAAAUGGAAAAUCAAGUUUAAUUUAAUCACCUAAAAAUCCUUUUAAAUCAUCAUAAUUAAUGAAUAUUAAUAGAUUUUUAAAUGAGAAUAAUACUAAAAGUUCAUUUAUUGAAAGUGCUAUAAAGAAAUAAUAAGAAAAUAUACCACCUUUACAUUAAGCAAUUAAACGAAGUAAUUUAUAUUAUAUUUAUCAUAGGAUUGCUCUAUUUAGGUAAACAAUAAAAGACUCUUCUUUGUACAUAUUCUGGAGAGUAAUUAUGUGAUGCAGAAAUGGGUAUGUAACUCUUAGAUGAUAAUGGUAAACCAUUCAUAAUCAAUGAAGAUGAAAAAAAUGAGCUAAUAGCAAAAUAACUUAUAUAACUAAUUUGA